AUGGAACCUAAUCAUAAAGCUAACCAUAUACAAACAAGACUCAGGCCGCUCCAACUGCUUGGACUUGCCAAAGAACAGCAGGUCGGGGAUGUAGAGGUCGAAUCGCCGCGACAGGUGGCCAACCUGGUACAUGAACUGCCAGCGAGAGUCCCCGCACUUGCCGUGGAUCAUGACCAGGUUAGGCCUCUCAUCAUCAGGUUUCCGGUCACGGCCACCACGACCGGCGGUAGCCCAGAAAUGAAGGGUUGUCUCGUCAUCUACGUGGAUCGAGACAGGGGAGAGGCCGAGGAGGCGAAAGUAAAGCGAAAUGCAGGCGUCGGAGACGGUGAAUGCAGAUGGGAUUUGCUUGAAACGGCUAAAGCUUGUCAGGAAGUAGCGGAUUAUGGAGAGGAUUGAUGAGAUGUAGAAUGUGAAAGAGCGGAGGAGGAGAUCGAGCUUUGAAUCCAUUGGUUUUCAGGUAAGAGGAAGAAGCUAAGAUAGUUUUGAUUUUUGUUUGUGUUAUUGUGUCUGGAUUUUGGAUGUGUGCAUUCUGGUUUUGUGGGUAUGAUAUAUGUGUUUGUGUGUAUGCAGUGUACAGAAAAAAGAACAAAUGAAGUGAAACUUGAUACAAGUCUCGGCUUCUUCUUUUUUUUGUUUGGAGUUCAAUUGAUCAAGAC